CCGCUACUUGUUGCAAACUCGGAAGUAGCUCUGUCCAUUAGUGGCAUGCGAAAUCAAAAUAGCACAAUUAAAACAAUUGUGGUUGGUAGCCGACUAUUAUGUUCGGUCAACUCGAAGAUUAUUGUAGGCGCCUUUCCGGUAUAACUGUAGUAGGUUAUUACAACACCUUGUGACAUCAUGAGAGGCAAAAGAUUGCCCGCCUCACUGGCUAACUUCGACUCGAGUCAAGUUCACCAACAUAGUGGCUGACAUGUUCGUGUAGCCCUCAAAUGUAACAGGCAGUUAGGCGACGCUUCAUUGUAAACAGCCUCAAUGAUAAAGAAAGUCGUAAAGCUACAUUGAAUCGAUGGUAAACUGCGAAGAUGGAGGAAAGGCUGACCCCGAAGUGGAUUUGGAUAUGUUCUGGCGCAGAGUGAAACGCGAUGCACGUAGCUCUUUGAUUUGACCUGGAUUUUUUUUCGUCUUCAAGUGCUAAUCCAACAGAUAGCCUAACUAAAAUAAUCUAAUUAGGAAAAUCCUCGCCUAGCAUCGCCAGCAACAAGGUUCACUCAGACGAGGUGUUUAAAUGGGACUUCUUGCCGCAUGAUUUCCAAACUUGUUCCUGAAAGUUGCCUUUCACUGAUCCACCCUACGAAUUGGUUUCAAAUCUUCUGUAGCCCAUGCGAGCGAACAGAAACAAGACUUGGCAACUGCAUUGCCUGCAUUUGAUCUCAAUAAUGCAUGUAGGUAAUAGGCUGUCACAGUAAAAUUAGAGGAUGGACGAUUUAUGUAGUAGUAGUCGCUACUUGGAGCUGCGGGGGUCCAUGAAAAUAUUGCUAUCUUGAGGGAGGAAAUAAGCAGUUUAAGAGAGCGACACGAUGGCAGUCUGCGGGCGCAGGAACCGAUCAAAGUUAAUUAUUUGCCUGUUUGGAGUUUCUGCCUUUGUAUAUUUAAUGUUCCUUAGGCAUAAUUCGGUUGACAUAGGCGAGACGAAUAGGAGAGAAGUUCCUUCAGAGGAAAAAGUAUCAAAUGAACUUCUUAAAAAGCCUGUCUACGAGAAACCGCCGUUGGAUGUAAAUUCUCUAGGCGAAAUGGGUAGAGCUGUCAAAUUGAACCUCGUCGGAGAGGAGAAGACGAAGGAAGAUGAGAGCAUUCAGAAGCACCAGAUAAACACCUAUGUGAGUGAUAAAGUAUCGCUCCACCGCAGGUUACCGGAGAGAUGGAACCCAUUGUGCAGGGCUGUCAGCUAUGACUACCGCUCGCUGCCCUCCACCUCAGUGGUGAUAGCCUUCUACAACGAGGCUUGGUCCACCCUGCUGCGGACGGUUCACAGCGUGCUGGAGACCUCGCCGGAUGUCCUGCUCAGGGAGGUGGUGCUGGUGGACGACUACAGCGACAGAGAGCACCUGAAGCAGCCACUUGAGAACUACAUCUCAGGCCUCAGGAAGGUGCGUCUGAUCCGGGCCACCAAGAGGGAGGGGCUCGUGCGUGCCCGCCUCCUGGGGGCCUCCAUCGCCACGGGCGAUGUGCUGACCUUCCUGGACUGCCACUGUGAGUGCCACGAGGGCUGGCUGGAGCCCCUGCUCUACAGGAUAAAGGAGGAGCCGGCGGCCGUGGUGUGCCCCGUCAUCGACGUCAUCGACUGGAACACCUUCCAGUAUCUAGGCAACCCUGGGGAGCCCCAGAUUGGGGGAUUUGACUGGCGCCUGGUCUUCACCUGGCACCCCGUGCCUGACUACGAGCAGAGGCGACGCCGGUCGCCAACCGACGUCAUCAGGUCUCCUACCAUGGCAGGUGGGCUGUUUGCUGUCAGUAAGAGCUAUUUCCAUUACCUGGGCACGUAUGACACUGGCAUGGAGGUGUGGGGGGGAGAGAACCUGGAGAUCUCCUUCAGGAUCUGGCAGUGUGGGGGCAGCCUGGAGAUCCACCCCUGCUCACACGUGGGCCACGUCUUCCCCAAGAAGGCCCCCUACUCGCGGAGCAAGGCCCUGGCCAAUAGUGUGAGAGCUGCAGAGGUCUGGAUGGACCAGUACAAGGAAUUGUACUACCACCGCAAUCCUCAUGCACGUCUGGAGGCCUUUGGAGACGUGACGGAGAGAAGGGAGUUGCGAGAGCAGCUGGGCUGUAAGGACUUCAAGUGGUACCUGGAGAACAUCUAUCCAGACAUCCACAUUCCUGAGGACAGACCCGGCAUGUUUGGCAUGCUGAGGAACAAGGGAAUGACCAACCACUGUUUUGACUACAACCCUCCGGAUGACCACAAUCUGGUGGGUCACCGUGUCAUCCUCUACCCCUGCCACGGCAUGGGGCAAAACCAGUUCUUUGAGGCCUCCACAGAGGGGGAGCUCCGCUAUAACACCAGGGAGCCAGCAGGGUGCGCUGUGGGGGACGCUGUCUCCAGCUAUCUGACUGUGCACCUGUGCAGGAAACCCCACCUGCCAAUCCCGGAGGACCAGAAGUUUGUGUUCAGAGAGGAUGGGACCAUCUACCAUGUCAUGAGCCAGAAGUGCGUUCAGGCUGUCGACAAGAGUGACAACGGUAGUCCCGCCCCUGGCCUACGCCCCUGCUCUGACUCCGCCCUCCAGAAGUGGUUUUUUGAGGAGAGGGCUUAGAGCAGGAAUAACCAAAACCUUACCCCUGUGGGAGGCAUGGGACCACCAAACCUUACCCAGUGAUGGAGACAGGACAACCAAGACUUUAGCCCUUAGUUGGGGGGCAUGGAGGAAUCCCGGACAACCAAAGCCUUACUCCUGGAGGGACACAGUACAACCAAAAAGGUAGCCAUGGAGACGACACAGGACAACCAAAACCUUAUUCCUGGGUGCGGGGACAGGAGAAUCCUGGAGAAUCUUAAAGCACUGUUGAACCAGACUCAAACACAGGUUAAUAUUCUCUCUUCAGGUAUUUGUAUUUAUUUCGGUAGUUUUCCAGGGCACCUUCAGUCAGUCAUGAUUCACGGGGAUGAAGAACACAAGCCCUGGUUGAACCCGUGUCUGUCUGUCUGUUUGGAACAAACGACACAGAUAGUUCUGCCUGCCUCUUGGUGGACAUUGUGAAUAUGAAUUGGUACAUAUCAGACAGCUUUGGGAAACGUCUUGAAGCAUUUAGCUGGGGGGCCAUACAACUGUGUUUGAACAUGGGAGAGGCAGCCUGGAACAGAGGAGGACUGGAAUAUACAGGAUAUGGCACCAUCACACACUUCUGUUCUUGACAAGUGGUCAUAACCUGUGCAAUUUAAAAUGCGUGAGUUUCCCCUUUUUUAUUGAUCUCUCGAACUCAUGACCACCAACCGGUACUGGUGGAUGGUCUGGCAUUGCAGUCCUUUUUAGAGACUAUAUAUCUUUUUCAAUAACUGAUCAUAUCACUUCUUACCUCUAGAGCCACACCCCCUUUCCUUUUUCUUUUUUAUCUUUUUUGUCUUAUUUAUAUAUUUUUAGCAUUAUGAAACACCUCCUACCUCUUUCUGUAGUGAGGUACUGAAGUACUGAUGAUGGGAGAGUUUCAAGUCUUAUUUUGAUGGUGGACUUUCAGCACUUAUACAAUGAAUGUUUAAAAAAUAAUAAUAAUACAGUUCUAGUCAAUGUAAUGUAACUCCACAGAGAUGACUGCCAGCAAUGACACAGUCUUUGUUAGAGGCCUAUUUCUAAAACAAAUAAGUCUUAAUAUAAGUGACUCCACAUAGUCUGGAUAACAUCCUCACUUUCCUUUAUUUACUUUACCAUCAUCUAUCUUUUGUCUGAUCGUGUUGAAGCCCUCAGUUGAUCACUUAGUUGAUGUUGCUCUCUGAAACCCAUACUACCAUACUAUUUAGCAUGCCAGAAAAAAUGGUAUGUCCCAAUACAUAGCAUAUUUAAUAUAUUAUGCCAAAAAUGACAGGAUAUCCUGCUAUAUCUGGUAGCAUUUUGCAGUACGUGAGGAAGCAUGCUUUUCAAAGAGCCGUACGCCGCUGAGAUACAACAGCAGACCAAGCUGUUUACGCCAGCUCAGUGAGCGGUGUCAUGACGACGUGUUCCAUGAAUGUAUGCGUACUGCAUGCAACAGUAUGCACUUUUAAGGGCAACUGCAGUACCUACUAGAGGUCAAAUGAUGUUAUUUGGGGACCCAGCGGAGGUUUUCUUACUCUUGUUCUAAUUCUAUGCAUCCACUCCACAUCUAUCACCCAUGUUGUGCCUUAGCUGACCUUUGCUAAAUGAGACGUGGACAAGUGGUUGGACUGAGAAGCCCAGGCCAUUCUGAACGUGUGUAUGUAGAAGUAAACAUGUAAGGCAGCAGGGUUGUGCCAUCGGCUCUUCAGGAAGAACCCCCCCCCCCCCCCCCCCCCCUCAUGCCACGAAGCUCCUGUCCAGAUGCUGUGACCAUGUGGUGACACUGAGCUCUGGAAACAAAGUGGAUACAAAGUUAUUGAUUCUUGAUCAGCUUGGUGUUUGAUCUGCUAGGAUUGAGUUUGCACAGAUUCCUUGUCAUGGAAGGAGCAAAAAGACAGUUUCAUAUAUGGCACAGAGUGUGAAAGCAGGACCUAAACAAGACCCAUCUUUAAACAUAAACGCACAGAACAUCUCCUCCAGUGUGAGGGGCUCAGGACUGCCACAGUGUCCUCUCUGCACUGAUCUCCAUGUUAACACAGAGACACUUCAUGCCAGCGAGGGGGAUAUAUCUCCCAUCCCGCUCUUCUCGUUGGGUGUUAAUGGUCCCUAUAGCUAUCUGUUAUUCCAAGCAUGUCCUAGUCGUAAACCCUAUUUUACUCUAGUCUUGAAUUGUAUGCUAAUUUGUUAUGGUAUAUGGCCAUAGUAAAGCUGAUGGGUGUCCGCUGGGCAUGACUGGCUCAUAUCUUUAUGAAGGGGCGCUGUAAAAGUGGGUGACACUCCAAUUGCGUGUGUGUGUGUUUGUGUGUGUGUUUGUGAACCACCUGUCCCGUUAAGUAGCUCAUUUUAUUGCUGUACCAUAUCAUGCACAGACUGUACAGUGCAAUGCUGUUGUGUUUUGACUGGGUUCGAUCAAACUGUUAACAUGCUGAAACAACUAGUGGAGAUGAAUCACUAAUGCUGGAACUUAUCACAAUGUCUUGUUGUUGUCAAUGAUUGUGGCCUUAUAAUAUUACAAUGAAGGAUUUAACUAGAAAACUUUUUUAUGGGGGUGGGGGAAACUUUCCAUUGAAUGGACACAUAACUGGUGCCUGUCUUAAUUAAGUUGUACCUUCAACAAAAGUUUUCAUUUUGACGUUAACUCAAAUAAUAUAAAACCUUUGAGUAUUA